AUGCUUGCCUCCGCCUCCGCCCUCAGCUUCAUCGCCACUGGCUCCCACUUCCUCGUCUGGGCUUCCUCCCUCGUCGUUGUCGGCAUCACCGCCUUCUUCCUCAACAACUACGCCCACGACUCCCACCUCACCUACGAGAUGGUCAUCUCCUCUGUCACCGCCGCCUUCUGGAUCCCCAGCCUCUUCCUUCCCUUCCUCGCCAACGCCGCUGCCUACAAGAAAUUCUACAUCCCCCUUAACGGCGUCUUCUCUUACCUCUGGCUCACCGCCUUCGUCUUCGCCGCCCAGGACUACAACAAGGGUUCGUGCUGGGCCAACGCCCCCUCCGUCGGCCACUGCAGCCUCAAGCUCGCCAGCGAGUCCUUCAUCUUCCUCGCCAUGUUCUUCCACAUCGUCGCCAUGGUCGCCGAGACCGUCGCCUGGAGGCAGGCCGCUAAGUGCGAGGGUGGCUGCCCUGUCGGCGAGAAGAAUGUCCGGGGUAGCGAGGACUCCGAUGCUGCUGUUGCGCCUGCGCCUGCUACUGUUUAA